UCUGCCCAGUGCCUCUCCCCCGCCUGCAAUUGUCAGUGCCCUCUUUCCAACGCGUGUGACGGAGUUCUUUUGGCAGCUCGUGCUUUCAUGGUUUAUGUUUAUAUUCGAGUGAAAUGAGGGUUACAAAACUGGUAUUGAAAUUCUAGGUAACUACUCUCUCGCUGAAACAUUGGCCCUGAGAUCAAGUCGAGUAGAGUAGGUUCAAGUGCUCACUGGGAAAGAGAAAAGGAUGGAAGACCGAAGUGAGGAGUGGAAGCUUAUAGAAUUCUCGUCUGAAGCUAUUGGUGCCAAGGUCAGUGGGAUGUUGAACAAGGGACUGCUACUAGGAAAGAAGAUUUUGAUCGCGGGUAUUUUAGUUUCGUCCACGCCAUUGGUUCUUCCUCCACUAUUGGCUAUUUCGGCGAUUGGGUUAGCUGUUUCAGUCCCUUCUGGGCUGAUCUUGGCAAGCUAUGCUUGCUCUGAGAAACUUAUGCGAAAGCUGUUUCCAGGGACAGCAGCCCCUCCACUUCUGCUGGAUUUUGGACUGGUCUCUAAUGAUGAAGAAAUAUGUAGGGAUGAAGAAGAGGAAGAGGGAGCUGUCGGGUUUGGAGGAGAAGUUGAUAAGGUUGAAGGGGAAGAAGACCGUAUGGAGGAGACAGAGAGAAUGGGUGAGAUGAGCGUUGAAUUGGUUGAGAAGGAAAUUGAGGAUAAUACUGAAGGGAAAGCCACAGCAGGGGUUGAGUAUGGGCAAGGACGUGCAAAGAAGGACAAGAAAGAAUUUGUAGAAGAUGCUGAUACUGUAGGGGAAAAGGGGUAUGAGGAAGAUGUUGGGGAGUACGAAGAUGAGGAGGAGGAAAAGCCUUUGGAAGAGAAAAUUGAAGUAAAAAAUGGACUGAAAGAAGAGAAGGAAGAACCUGAGAUUGAAGGAAAGACGGAUGAACAGCUACUGCUAGAGGGGCAUGGACUUGUGGUUGUAAUCGAGGGAGAUGAGGGAAGUGGCAACAAAGUUGGAAAAGUGGAGACACCGUUUCAAGGAACAACUGCAGCUUUAGAAGAACUUGGUUGUCCCGAAAAAGCGAGUGGCAUUGAAGAAGAGGAAUUAUUGAGAGAGACAAGGGUACUGAUUGAAAGACUCAGGGAUGAGCGUACAGGUGAUGAUGCAGAGAAAGAUUACAGACGUCAUGUAGAGGAAAGGCAAGGCGGCGCAGAAGAGGGAGGUGAUGAUAAAGAUCAGGAUUUCCCUUUAAACAGGGUCCUGGAUAUUGUAAUUUCCUUAAAUACAGAUGAAAGAGAGAUUGCUGAUGAAAGUGGACUCGAUUUGUUUGAUGUCAAAACUGUAGUCCUUCCCAAAGAAUCAUCAACUAAUAUGGGCAGAGAAGCUGCAGAAUCUGCGGAGCGUUUUGUUGCAGCUACAGUUCAUGCGUCUAGCCUUCCCUCUGAGAAAGACAUUAUCGUUCCCUCAAGUGAGCUGCUACAGGUAUUGUCUAAUGAGGAGGAGAUCUGGGAAAAGAUUGAUGCCAUGCGAACCAUAGUAGGUUAUAAAGCCACGCCCCAACGAACGUGCAUGGAGGAACUAAAAGCUCUCUACAUCUUCACUGGAGUGGAGCUACCUGCCUCUCCCUCGUUCAUGGACCCCUCUGAUCUUGGAAAAGUUUAUGAGAGUCUCCAGUUUCUCAUGUCCAUAGUUGGAGUAAAGUAGAUGGAGGAUCCGUUUGUAGCAUCUUUGGCUCUUUGAAGAUGCUCAGAGCAUAAUUAAUGCAUUCAUUAGUUAUCAUUUUAGAUAACGGAGGACGUUUUGCAGGGUCCCAAAGUCUAUGCAGUCCAUGCUACGAACCGAUGUUUGCAUGCAUUUUUGUUUUGUUUUGUUUUCGUUGUGAUGUUUUUUGUAUUUGCUGCUUUGGCAGAGUACCCAUGUAGUAUUGACGUUCCUCGAUUCAGAAUGUUGCCUAAAGCCUGAAGGUCGAUCAAAGACAUAACUUCACCAAAAUUGUCCAAAAUAGAGGACCAAGAUCAUUUUUCCAAAAUACAUUAUCAACACCAAGAUAAUGCAAAAAGAUCCAGAUUCUGACUCA